UUAAAACUGAAAGAAAUAUAUAUAAAGUUGAGUUAUAUAAUACAAUAAUAUAAAAUUAUAUAAUUUUUAUUAUUUAAGUAUUUUCAAAUUUAAUAUAAUUAUAAAAAAAUUAAACGAAAGUUGGAUUGGAAGUCACUAUUUUUGUUAUAUCUUACGUAAUAGUUGUUGGACUCUAUUCACGAUAAAAGUUAGAUUCAAAAUAGAUUUAAAAUCAAACAUAAUUUAUAAAAAAUUAUAAUAAAUAUAAAAUAAAUAUAAAAAUAAUAAAUUUUUUUAUAUAAAAAUUCUAAUGUAUGUUGAUUUACUAAUAUAAUGUAAAAACCACGUGUUUUAAUCCUAUAAAAACUAUCUAUAUAGAACAUACAUAUAUUAUAAUUUUUUAAAAUUUUGAUUAUAUAUUUUUUAUUUUAUAAAUAAAAAAUUUAUUUAAUGUAAAUAAAUAUAUUAAAAAAUUAAAUUAUUAAAAAAUAAAUUUAUUUUAUUAAAACCAAUAAAAUAUUGUAUCAAUUUAAUCGUGUAACCAAUUCAUUCAAUUUCAUCGUGUUAUGAAACGUUGUUAUAUGUAUAAUUAUACAAAAAUUGUACAAUAAUUUUGUAAAUAUUUAAUAUUCAAUACUAUUGAAAUAAAGUAUUUCAUUGAAUAAAUGUAAUGAACAUAAUAAUAAAAUUUAUUAUAUUCAUUUUUAUUAUAACCUUAUAAAAAAUAUUAAAAAAUUAUGACAUCUAAUAAAAUUUGGAUUUGGAAGAAAGUUCCUGGUAUUAUCGAUCGUUAUAAUGAUAUAAUUUAUUCAUACCCAAUGUUAUCACCAAGUCAAGAUGUUCUUCUAUAUUUUGGAGGUGACAUUCAGGAUAUUCAAGAAAAUAUGGAACAUACAACUAGCAAAAAAUAUAUAGAAUGGAGUUUACAAAAUACUGCUAAAAUACUUAAUACAAACUUUCCUAAAAAACAUGUGCUAUUAAUUCGACCAUCUAGAAUAUAUGGAACAAUAAGCUCUUUUAAUAAUUUUGUAUUAUCAAAUGAAUAUGGUGUACCAUCAUUUCUACCAAUAUAUAAUGCUUUACAACAUUUGCAAGAAUUAAUUAAAUCUUCAUUAAAUCAUAUUAAAAUGUGUAAUGCAAACAAGGAAUUUACUCAUUUUAGUAUUGAAAAAUUAAAUCUAACAUUAAUGGGCUUUAGUAAAGGCUGUGUUGUUUUAAAUCAAUUAUUACAUGAAUUUCACUACUAUCAAAAUAAAUCAGAACCUGAUAUGAAUAUUAAUAAUUUCAUAAAUCUUAUUAAAAGUAUGUGGUGGUUAGAUGGUGGACAUGCAGGUUCUAAGGAUACAUGGAUUGUAGAUAAGUCUAUAUUAGAAUCUCUUACAAACUUAAGAAUAGAAAUUCAUGUUCAUGUUACACCAUAUCAAAUUAAUGAUUCUCAUCGUCCAUGGAUUGCUAGAGAAGAAAGUCUCUUUUGUAAUAUUUUACAAAGUAUGAAAAUUCCUGUAAAACGAACUUUACAUUUUGCAGAUAAAAAAAGAAGUUUACAACAUCAUUUUAAUAUUCUUAAAGCUAUUGGAAGUUAUGCACAAUAAUUUGAUAUAUAUCUUAUUUAUAAUUUUUGAUAAAAAUAUCUUAUUCAAUAAUUAAUUAAUAAUAUGAAAAUAUAUAAAUUUCUCAAAUUUUUGAGAAAAUAGUAUUAGAUUAAUUACAAAUAUUUUUUACAAUAGAACUUCUAUCAUUUAAAUUAAUUAUAAAAUAUUAAUCUUCAUAUAUAAUUUUAUAAUUUUUUAUAAAAAAAAAAAUAAAAGAAAACCCAAUAUAAUAAUAAAAAUCCAAUAAUUGUGAGAAAUUUUAUUUAUAUUUAUGUAAAUAUAUUUUUUUUAUGUAAAUAUAUAACUUUUUAAUUUAAUAUAUGUAUAUAAUAUAUAUUAUAUACAUAUCAAUAAUAGAGGUUCAAUUGUAUGUUUCAUAUCACAUUAUAUAAUAUUAUGUAUUAUAUUAAAAUUUCUAAUAACUUGAAAUUUUAAUAUUUAUGCAUAAAAAAUUUUCACAAUAUAUUUUUUAUUACAUAAUUUUUUUUUAUUAUAUCAUUUAAUCAAUAUUUUUAAUGAAUUUUUAAAUAUUUUUAUGAUAGUUUAAAUAACAUUUCUAUAAUUAUAUAAUACAAAUAGUACAUUUCACAAGGUAACUUUGUACAUUAUAAAACUUAAUCUAUUCACAUAUACACACAAUAGAGUAGAUAUAGAAAUAUUAAUUUAGAUUAAAAAAAUUAUAGAAGAUUUGAAAAAAGAUAAUUUAAAUUAAAAAAUUUAUAUAAAAUAAGAAUUUUCUAUAGAUGUUUUAAACAUAUGUCUAUAUAUGUUUCUUUAUUAACAUCUAUUUUGACAUUUAGUACGAUAAUAAGUUAUACUUCCAGAUUCUGAAACAAAUAGUUGCUAAAUAGAAAAACAUAAUAUUUAAUACAAUUUAUAUAUAUAUUAUAUUAUUGAUAAUUAAUAAUUAAUAUCUAAUAUAAUGUAAAUUAUUUAAAUUUUAUGUAGUUUUUUAAUAAAUAUAUUUACCAUUA